AUGGUGGACUUGGAAAUGGAAAUAAAAGGUCCAAUAUCAAAAUCGAGUGAAAAAAUCAAAGGAUUCAAAAAAUCGAUCUUUACCGCAGUUCUAUUUCUAGCUAUUGUAUUCUUGUUCUACGCGAAAAAUCAAGGAUUAAUUGGAAGUGAUCAAGUUAGAAGUUCGAAACCAAAUAAUGAUGAAGAAAUACCGAAAAAUGAAAUUCCAAGAUCUGAAGAAGAUGUUUAUAAAAAUAAAAACAUUUGUGAAACUAGAGAAUGUAAAAUUCUGGCGCGAAAAAUGGUGAGAUAGAAUUUAUUUAAGCCAAACUCUAAUAAUUUUCAGAAAUCCCACAUGAACCCAAAAAUCGAUCCAUGCGAUGAUUUUUAUGAAUCAAUUUGCGGAAAUUAUCCAGAGAAUUUAAAAUCUGAAAUAUUUGAGAAUAAAAAUGAGAACUACAAGGAAUUUGCGACAUUCAUGAAAACUUAUAAACCAAUCACAAGAGCUGAAAAAAUUGCGAUGAAAGUUAUGGAAAAAUGUAUGGAUUCAUCUGAAGAGCGAAAACAAUUUGACACGAGUUUUUGGGACAAUUUACAAAAUCAUAGUUUAACUGAUGUUUUGAUUGAAGCUGUUAAGAUUAAUCCAAUUGAUACUGGAUUUUUUGAAGAAUAA